CUUAAAGACAUGACAUACUACGUACAUAUAAUACGUAGAUUAAUAUAAAAUUCGUACUUAAGAUUGUCUCUAUGUUGUGAGGAAAUGUUAAAUAUACUUUUGGUGACUCUAUGUGUGUUGUGAUCAUUGUGGUGUAUGGGAGCGUGAAUAGUUGAAGUGGGUGAUGGAGAGAGAUUGUAGUGGCGUGUGGCAUGGAGCGGCGCGCGGUGGCCGAGUUUAGUAGGUUGUGAAAGAGGAAGUGUGCGCCGCGCGGGAGCCUCAGUCAGUGUGCCUUGAGCUGAUCGUAAGGCAGGACGUUGCACGCUCCGUCCACCACCUCGCUUCCCACGUGAUCAUACUCGACCCGCGGUCACCAUGACAGGGUCUCCCGAGUGACAGUUGGUUGGCACCUCCGUGCCAUACCGAGAUACACAUUAGCCAGUGUUUAGGUUUUAUAAGAGUAUACUAUAUAUAAAUACUUAGAAAUUAAUGUUACAUAUAGUUUUUCGUGUUGGUUUUGUUUGUUUACACUUGAUUUGGCUUUUGUUGAUGAGAGAAAAAUGUAUUUGGAUAAAGUGUGAGUUUGUUGUGUGUGAGAAGAGGAGAUAAAUAUUGGGUGCACAUGUGAGCACCGCGGGUGUUGGCCAGCGUGACCGACUGUGAUAUUGAAGGAUCUCAGGUGUGUGAAGCAGCGGCGCCAUGCACGACGUGGACAGAUACCGGGGCUCCUGCCUUAUUGUCUCCAAGCCCCGUGGGGGACGGGGCCACUCCAGGGGACGCAGACUCCCUCAGGACACUAACCAGCAACAGCAGCACGACUCCCCCACUCCGAGCUACAUGAUGGAGGGCGGCUCAGCUCUAGCGGGGAUGCCUUUGUUUUCCUUUCUGCCUCAGCGUCGUGGUCCUGGUAGGGGCCACCAAGGACGCCCCCACCACCAUCACCAACAGCGGGGCCAUAGUUCCCCACCACACCACCACCAUUACCACCGCUACCAUAAAGACAACGAGUCGCCUCUAGCAAGGGAUCUCCGUCACCAACGCCAGGAUGUGUCCACUGCUGCUACUGACGAAGGCGACGAAGUGGAGCGUCUACCUCUGGCUCGGCUGGCACUACACACUCAGGGCGCCCCGCUUAUUCUGCCCAGCCGAGGCCCUCAGCGUGGAUCGCCCUCCUCCCGUUCCUCAAACACUGCCACCACUGGUACAGACGGUGACGGCUCACCACCCGCCGCCAGCGACGCCGUCUCCGUCACGUCGGACGAAGGCAGCACUGGCCAGGCUGAGAACUGUCUGCCGCGGAUCAUCAAGCCUCGCAAACGACGUAAAAAGGACCGCAAGCCAGGAGGAGGGUCGGGGGUGACGGGUGUGGCGGGGUGUGAGGGGUCAGGUGAUGAUGCUGGCGGCACCAUCGUCACCCUCAAGCCUUACAUGCCCAUGUGUUAUAACUAUGACGCUUCCACCAACACCACCACACCCGCCCCCCCGAGUGACGCCCGUCGCAUCUGUGAGGGCUCCCGGGCGUGUGGGUGUGGGGGGUGUGUGUCCGCCCAUAUUUUCCCCACACCCCCGCCCUCACCAGCGUCCUCGUCGGCCCUGUCGACCAUGUCGUCGGCGUCAUCGUCUUGUUCCUCGUCUGAGGACGAGCCAACAAUGGCGGGUGAGGGGGAGGGCCGACAGCUGGUGCGCUCCUUCAGUGAGCCACAACAACACCCAACACUCCACAUCUCCUCCACCGUCACUAACUCCUUCGCUGGACAUCGGGACUUGGACAUCCGCAUCGUCAGGAGUGUGGCGCGAGAGGUGCCGCCCCGCACCAGACACUGGUCGGUGCCGGCCGUGGCCAACCACCACCACCAACCACCACCCCGCCUACCACACUCCCUCCCUUCACACUCACCACGACUACACAACGACCAACACUUCCUCAGUUAU